AUGCAGACCAGGUCGGCAGGACUUUUGCUCAUCGGCUAUUCAGCCUAUACCUAUGUGGUGAGUUUUUUUAAAUUUUAUGGAAAGUUUUAAAAUUUUUUUUAUUUUUUAAAUUGUAUAAAUACAUUUUUCUUUCACUUUCGAAUAACCUUCAUAACUUUUGAAAGCUCAAAAAUAUAUCUACAUAACAUUAUUGACCACUUUUUACAACUUUAUUUUUUGCACGGUGCAAUAAAUUUAAGACUGCACGGUGCGCUUUAAAAAUUUGUACUGUUGCACCGUGCAGUCUAUAAAAUGUUGCACGGUGCAAAAAACAAAGUUUGUUAUAAAGCUUUUAAAUUUGAAAUUAAAGAUAAAAAAGGGAUUUUUUAAUAAAACUAUUAUUAUUUUUUAGUUUUUUUUCGGUUUUUUACAAAAUAAUAAAAAAAAAUUUUUUAUUUUAAAUUUUUUAAAAAUUGUUUUUAGCCAUUUUAACUAAAAAUUAUGUUGUAGAUGGUAAUUUUAACUUUUAUAGUACCAGUUGCAAAAAAGCGUAUUUUACACAUGAAAAAUAUAUGAAAAGAAACAAUUUUAUAUGUUUGAUAUGCAGUGUAAUAUCAUUUAUAUUACUCACAUUGGUAAUGAUGUAAAAUCUGGUUUAACCUACUUAAACAUAGUAUAAAAACAUUUAUUUUACUGUAAUUUUAACUAUACAUUACUCUAUAAUUUUUCCAAAUUCAAAAGGUAUAACUAAAUGUUUCAGACCGACCAAUACUGGCUGUUAUCCGGCCUCCUUCCCUUGAUCUCAGGCCUCCUAUUGACCUUCAAACAACCCGAAAAACACUCAUGGAGAUUCUUAACAAUGCUGUGUAUUGUAAUUGGCACAAUGAUCACCUUGUUCUACACGCAUUUGUCACUAAAAUAUCAAGAAACCUUUGCUCAGGACUCAGAUUCGCUUAAAAACCUAACGCAUGACACUCUUGGAACUGCAUUGACGGUUUGUUUGACAACGAGUGGCUUUUACAGUACGAGGAAGGGCAAGAUCAGCUACGUGAGAUUGUUUUUAUUGGCCGUUAUCAUCGCAGCCAUGGCUUUUUCGGCCAUUAAUGCCAGUUGUAACCACUUUUCGGAGCUUCCCUACUGCCAGUUUGUUAAGAUUUACUAG